UUUUAUUACAGGUUUUAGCAAAUAAUUAGAAAAGCGUUUGCAUAAUGGAGUUAGACGAUGGCCUAGAUGAUUUGCUGGCUCAAAUCGAUGAACCGUCGAUCUCCAAAACGAAUCAAAACCCAAUUUCAGAAGAGCCCGGUACAUCACAGGAGGUAGGCGGGUCAAAACCCUCGUCGUCAAAAACUCAUUGUGUCCUUGUUAAUCAGAAGCAGAGAGGCAACCCUUUACUAAAAUUCAUAACUAGUGUCGCUUGGGAGUAUGAGGACAUAAUACCAGACUAUGAAAUUGGGAAAACAAUAGGCAUUCUCUUUCUUUCAUUGCGGUAUUACAAUAUGAACCCUGAUUACAUUAAUAAUAGAAUAAAGGAAUUGGGAAGGAAGUACGAAUUAAGAGUGUUGUUAGUACAGGUAGACCUAAGAGACCCCCAUACACCACUAAAGAAUCUGACCAGGAUUUGUCUCCUCACUGAUCUUACACUCAUGCUGGCCUGGAGUCCCGAGGAAGCUGCCAAAGUAAUAGAGAACUACAAAAUAUAUGAGAAUAAACCACCAGAUAGAAUUAUGGAGAAAAUUGAAAAUGAUCCACAUCAGAAGAUUAUAAACGCCCUAACAUCAGUGCGAUCAGUGAACAAAACCGAUGCUAUGACGCUUAUAUCUAUAUUCGGAUCAUUAGAAAACAUUAUAAAGGCUUCAGAACACCGAUUGGCAGAAUGCCCAGGUUUCGGAGUCACAAAAGCUAAGAAACUUUACACAGCGCUACACCAACCGUUUUUGAAACGAGGAACU